AUGGGCAGUUAUCUAGACUUAAUCAAUAAAAAAGCCUCAAUAUUUUUUGAUUCCAUUAAACAUAAUGCAAUAACUCCAAAUGAAAGAAAUGAAGAGUUAGAAAAAGUGUUCUCGAAGAUAAAUGACCUAGUCACAAAAGAACAUAGUAAAAAACCGUUUGAAUCAAUUAGCAAAAUUCCCUUAAUUCAAAACGUUCCCGUAUUGUAUAAUUGUGUUAGGUCUAUUAUCAUAGAUCAUGAUGUAUACGUAGGGCUUUUGAUAAUUUCAUCUGCUUUAAUUGCUUCGGUGCAAUCAAUAAAAAAAAUGCCUGGGACUGCACUACCGCCUACAAAUUCCCAUGCUUUAUUCGAUUCAUCUGAUUUAUUGAUUUGGUCCAAAGACACACAAAAUACCAAUUAUGCAAAACAGUGGCUAAGCUUACUGUAUUUCUUCUUACUAUAUUUUAACGUGCCAAAGAUGGUUGAAGUUGUUUUAAGCAAAUUAUCCCCAGCAAAUUAUGCUUCCUAUUAUUUGUCAUAUUUAAGAGUGUCGACAAUCUCUUUACAAUUUAUUACAGGCGGAAUGUUGUAUUAUAAUAUCUUAACCAUCAUCAAAAGAAAUGCACAUUUCAUAGUGAAAAAGAUUCCUAUAUACCGUAUGAUGGCGUCGUAUUUUAACGAGAAUAAUGCAAACGAUUCCAUCGCAAAAAGAUUACAAAGAAAUGCUGGUUCAAUGAAAGACUAUAAAAUGACAGUACAGCAGUGGCUUCUCAUAAUUUUUUCAUGCGUAUUGUCACUUGCUUUAACAGUCAGUUCUUAUAAGAAUCCGCAAAGUCUAAAGUGUCUUAAUCUAAUAAUUUUAGGCUACAAUGUUGUGCUUAUUGAUCAUAUUCCUUUAACCAAUUUGAGAAAUGCUCUUAUUACAAUACUUGUCUAUGUCGCAGUGUCAGCCUUGAACGGCAUAUUUGGGAAGCACUUUGGCAGGUUUUCUCCUUUUUUUACAAGUGCCAAUCGUCCUCCAGAGUUAUCCUUUGCUGAUUUUUUGAAUACAGCAUUACCUGGCUCUUUUAUCGCUCUAUGUUACAGGUUUGAUAUAUGGAGGUGGUAUUUACAUCAUGAAGAACAAGAAUUCCAUUUUUUAAAUUGGAACGUUGAUUUAAAAUACUUUAUUAAUGCCAUGGUUAGCUAUGCUAUAGGAAUGCUGAUCACAACGGGGUGCCGCUAUAAGUUACACAUCGAGUCAUUACCUCAUGAACUCUUUGUAAUCGGCUAUAUGUUAGUAUCAACCAUGUUUCUAGCUUUGCAUGACAGUUGCUUCAACCGCUUUUGGAAAUUUGACUAUUACAGCAAUGGACUUGAGAAAUUUCCUGAUAAUGUCAACGAAAACGAAGAGAUUGGAGAAGAAUUGUCGUAUUUGACAUAUCUGGUUCUAGAGGAUUUGAUUGCAAAUCAAGAAUACCUUGACGAUCCUGAAUAUACUGAUGAAUCGAUUAUGGACAACGAUAUUGAUGCUUUGGAAGAUACUAAUGAUUAA